AUGAAGAAAGCGAAGAUUCAUUGGUAUGAAGAAGCGGAACAGAGGUUGAAUGUAUUAAAUGAUCUUGAUGUGUUUCACUUGAAGGCAUAUAAAAUUUCAUCCCUCCACAAAGAAAAGAUGAAGAAGUAUCCUGACCAAAAGAUUAAGAAGCACGACUUUGUGGUUGGGGAUUCAGUGCUUUUAUUCAACUCUAGAGUGCGCUUGUUUCCAGGAAAACUCAAGUCCAACUGGACUGGUCCAUUCUUAAUCACUCAAGUCCUCCCUCAUGGUGCGGUUGAGUUAGAGAAUAAGGAGGUUGCAAUGUUCAAGGUGAACGGACAAAGAAUCGAAAUCUACCUAGUGCAUUCGGAAAAUGCGAAUGAAGUUGUUGAGGCAUAUAAUCUUUAUGAAGUUUGA